UGAGAGAAGACACAUGUUCGAUUAUUCUGAGGUCAUUCAGCCCUCAGAAGAGAGUUUUUCUUCCAGUUGCUCUCUGUUGCCUCACUCUGAGCUGGUAAUGAAAGUUGUAGCAGAACCCUGGGCAUUAAAGAAUAAAUGGGAUAGUCAGUGAACUGGAAAGAACGUUGCUAAUUAGAAAUGUCAUCCUGUGAUUUAAUACAUAUGCGGAGUGCAGAAGGGUACUUAGAUCUGGAUGAUGAGAAACCAACAGCCUUGACAAUGAGACUGAAAGUUUGCAUUUACAGCUUUCUGCAGUUCCAGACUGCUCUGAACCGUUCACAUUAACCGAGGGGAUAAAAUUAAAGCCUGUUUGGAGAGAUUUUACAUAAGUGCACUAUCAAAUUUCAUUUGCUCUUUGGUUAAUCAGGUUUAGUCAGGAUACUGCUUGUCUGUUUUGCUUAUUUGAAAUGAUGUGUCUUCUGUCUUUCUGUCCAUGUCGAGGUCUCAGAGAUCUGCUGCUCCCCACCAACCAAGUCCAACUGGAAAAUUCAUCCUGGCACCCAGAGCUCCCAGAACCAGCAGACCAGCGGCCAACUGCUCAGUCUCGACCAGAUGUUCCUGACAGAUGUAACACUAACUUUGACGCAGUGGCUCAGAUCAGGGGAGAAGCUUUCUUCUUCAAAGGGAAGUAUUUCUGGCGCCUGACCCGUAACAGACAUUUGGUCUCCUUGCAACCAGCAGAGAUCCAGCGAUUCUGGCGGGGUUUACCCAGCAACAUGGAAGGUGUGGACUCUGUCUAUGAAAGAACUGCAGACCACAAAAUAGUAUUCUUCAAAGGGGAGCGGUACUGGGUGUUCAAAGAUAACAAUGUCGAGGAGAGUUACCCACGCUCCAUCAGCGACUUUGAACUGUCCGUGAAGAGUAUUGAUGCUGCCUUUGUGUGUCCCCACGACGACAAAACCUAUUUCUUUAAGGGCAACCAAUACUGGAGAUAUGAUGACCAGUUGCGGAGAAUGGAUCCUGAUUACCCGAAGGACAUGGUGCAGUGGCAGGGUCUGCCCAGCCAACUCGACGAUGCCAUGAAAUGGUCUGAUGGUGCUGCCUAUUUCUUUAAGGGGAAGGAUUACUGGAAAGUGACAUGCAGGGACAUGCAAGUGGACCCUGGGUACCCAAAAUCCGUGGCCAAGGAUUGGCUGGUGUGCAGCGAGAUGCAGGCGGACUCAUCGAUUUCAGAGCACGCCCGUUCCAGAGCCCGAAUGGGGCGCGGUCAUCAUGGUGAUGGCAGGUCAGGAGACGAGAAAAGGAAUUGCUCCUGCAUGUCCAAGGCUGGGAUCGUGUUGAGCUGGAGCAUGACGCUGGUUAUUAGUUUUGUGAUGUUAACCCGGCUGGGAUUGGAUUAACGCACAUCGCC